GGCAUCAUAUAUUCGCAAAAUAAAAGAUUCUAUUUAUAUCUUUUUAAAUUUAUUUUCUCAAAAGCUCAAAAAGUCUGCUAGUCCUGAGAAAGUCAGACAUUGGAAAGAGUCAGAAAAGGUUAAACAAGCAAGGAAUAAUCUCUUAAAUAGAAUGGAUAAGGAUAACUCAAAUUCACCACAUAUUAUUGAAGCUAUUUUACAAAAAACAUUUAAUAAAGAAGAACUUCAAAAUAGUAAUAACAUUAUAUUCGGAGUUACAGUUAUCUUGAUGUUUUUAGAUCCAACGUAUGACCAAGCUGAAAUUUCGUCCUCAAAGGUAUAUGAGCGUAUGAACAAAUGGGAAUCUGAUCCAAUUGUGCAAAAAUGGCUUGAAUACGAAGAAAAUACAAAAGAUAAUAUGAUGAAACGUAAUGGUAUUACAGAAAAUUAUAAUAAUGAAUUAUUUUAUGAAGAAUUUAUAGAUCAAGAGGAUAAUGUAGAAGAUAAUAUUAGUGUUAAUAGUGAAGAUAGAAAGGAAAAUACAGAAAAUACAGAUACUAAGAAAUAG